GCAAAUUCUUUGCUAACCGUUUGCAGGAGGGUCAGUCUACACUUAGCUGCCUCUUCCUGUGCGUUUUUUUUUUCUGUUGCUGUUCGGUCUCAAUCUAGUGUUUUUCUUUCGAGUACCCCGGCGCAUUGUGCACAUGAAACGUUUGCAAACAAGUUGCACCGUCUCUGCGGUGCCUUUGUGCGGAGCAGCACUGCAUUGCAGUCGCCGCUGGAGCAUGUUGCAGCACAGAACAAAAGGCUCACCAUACAUGAAGCACCUCGACCUUUACGCCCGCCGUGAUCCGCAACUUGCGCCGUAUCUGCUUCGAGAGGUGGAUAUUGAAUACAAGCGCAAGUGUCGCAAAGUAUCCUUUCUUGUCUGGGUUAUUAUUUUCACUGUGGCAGUUGCGUGGCAGACACGCAUGCAAGGUGAAGCGCUGCACUUCAUGCGCCUCUACGCGUCGUAUGUGCGGGCAGAGCAGGAUGCCAAGGAUGAGGAUAACAUUCAGCGCCGUAAGGCGUUUGUAGGCGUGAUGAAUGCAGUAAAAACUGCCUUCGAUCGAGACCAGCGGUGGACUCCUGCAGAUGAGGCGAAGGCGCUCGAAGAGCUGCGUUGA